UUUUGGUUCUGUUUGUGUCCGAUUUUGGUUCGAACCGUAACCGCCGGUUCGGAAACCUGUAAACCGGCGGUUCCAUACCGUAGCUCUACAAUAUACCUCCUGGUCUGAUGAAUAAUAACUGCAUCACAUAGAACGCAGAGGUUAACAGAAGGGGAACGAUGGAAGAAGAAAAAUCCAUGGCAGCUCCAGCCAUUUUCGUCUUGGUAUUCUCUUUCCAAUAUGCCGCCUUAUACGUCGAAUCCUACACAAAGAAGAAAUUAUCGGGUGGUGUGGAAGCUCGAUUGCGAGAAGAGAUUAAUCAGCUGCUGAAAGAGGCCGGUUCCUUGACACAGCCAUCGACAUUUGCACAGGCUGCAAAGUUAAGAAGGAUGGCUGCAUCAAAGGAGAAAGAACUUGCCAAAUUUCAAGAAAUGAAUGAGAAGUAUAUAAAAGCUUCGUACAAUAAGUAUGGAAGGCCCUUGCUGAUACUAAAGGUUCUUACAUAUGUUUCAAUUAUCAUGCUGUUUUGGCGGUCUCCAGUUGCUAUGAUAUCCAAACAACUUGUGCAACCCUUAGGCAAGCUAUUAUCUUGGAGGUCAGGGGGAUCUGUGGACGGCAAUGUUAUGGUUGGGAUCAUUCCUUGGUUGAUAAUAUCGACUCGGGUUAGCAAGUACGUGUGCAGAAAGGUUUUUGAUGUAAGCAUCUAUUGAGACAUGUAAAGUUGUAACAAAAAGAAUCCAACAAUGCUGUUUGGUAUAGACACUGAGCUGACUGUUUCUUA